UCCCCCACCCUGCAGCGCGCCGCCUGGCUCCCUCGGACCGGGCCGCCCCGAUGGGACGCCGCGCCCCGGCUCCUGCGCGCCGCUGAGCCGAGCGCCCGCCGAGCGGAGCCGAGCCGAGCCCCGCCGCCGCCUGCCGCUGCCCCCUCGCCCUCCGGAUCGGGAGCCUAGUCCCAUCCCCCGGAAAGCUGGAUUUCCGAGGUUGGAGGCGACUGGCCGACUGGGUGGGGACCACCAUGGGCAACGCGGCCGGCAGUGCGGAGCAGCCCGCGAGCCCCGCCACGCCGCCCCCCAAGCAGCCCGUGGCCCCCAAGCAGCCGAUGCCCGCGGCAGGGGAGCUGGAGGAGAGGUUUACCCGGGCGCUGAACUGCAUGAACUUGCCCCCAGACAAGGUGCAGCUGCUGAGCCAGUAUGACAACGAGAAGAAGUGGGAGCUCAUUUGUGACCAGGAGCGGUUUCAAGUCAAGAACCCCCCUGCAGCCUACAUCCAGAAGCUGAAGAGCUACCUGGAUACCGGUGGGGUCAGCCGAAAGGUAGCGACUGAUUGGAUGUCCAACCUGGGGUUUCGGAGGCGUGUUCAGGAGUCCACGCAGGUGCUGCGGGAGCUGGAGACCUCCCUGAGGACAAACCACAUUGGGUGGGUGCAGGAGUUCCUGAAUGACGAGAACCGCGGCCUGGACGUGCUCCUCGAGUACCUGGCCUUUGCCCAGUGCUCCGUCGCGUAUGACAUGGACAGCACUGACAACGGGGCCCCCAGCCCAGAGAAGAGCAAGCCCCUGGAGCAGUCGGUGGAAGAUCUCAGCAAGGGGCCGCCCUCAUCCGUGCCCAAAAGCCGCCUGACCAUCAAGUGUCCCCCUUCUCCCCGGCCAGGUCCUGGGCCCAAGGACAGAGGGAGCCUCCUGACCCCCGCCGGCCUCUGUGGGCUGACCCCGGCCCACAGCAGAAAGACCGUGCGCAACUCCCGCAUCGUCAGCCAGAAGGCCGACGUCCACGUCUGCAUCAUGUGCUUGCGUGCCAUCAUGAACUACCAGUCUGGCUUCAGCCUCGUGAUGAACCACCCGGCCUGUGUCAACGAGAUCGCGCUGAGCCUCAACAACAAGAACCCCAGAACCAAGGCUCUGGUGCUGGAGCUGCUGGCGGCCGUGUGCCUGGUGCGGGGCGGACACGACAUCAUCCUCGCGGCCUUUGACAACUUUAAGGAGGUGUGUGGGGAGCAGCACCGCUUUGAGAAGCUGAUGGAGUAUUUCCGGAACGAGGACAGCAACAUCGACUUCAUGGUGGCCUGCAUGCAGUUCAUCAACAUCGUGGUGCACUCCGUGGAGAACAUGAAUUUCCGUGUCUUCCUGCAAUAUGAGUUCACCCACCUGGGCCUGGACCUGUACUUGGAGCGGCUCCGCCUCACGGAGAGCGACAAGCUGCAGGUGCAGAUCCAGGCGUACCUGGACAAUGUGUUUGAUGUGGGAGCCCUGCUGGAGGACACCGAGACCAAGAACGCGGUGCUGGAGCACAUGGAGGAACUGCAGGAGCAGGUGGCGCUGCUGACAGCGCGGCUCCGGGACGCUGAAAACGAAUCUAUGGCCAAGAUCGCCGAACUGGAAAAGCAGCUAAGCCAGGCCCGCAAGGAGCUGGAGACCCUGCGGGAGCGCUUCAGCGAGUCAACCGCCAUGGGCGUCCCCAGACGUCCCCCCGAGCCUGAGAAAGUGCCUCCCCCCGCCCCGGCGCGGCCCUCUGCGCUCGAGCUGAAGGUGGAGGAGCUGGAGGAGAAGGGGUUAAUCCGUAUCCUGCGGGGGCCUGGGGAUGACGUCUCCAUUGAGAUCCUCCCCGGUGCUGUGGCAACUCCCAGCGUUGGUGACGGUGAUGCUGCGACUCCGGGGGUGCCCGCCGGCUCCCCCAGCCCAGGUCUCCCACCUGCGGCAGAAACAGUUCAGGGAGCAGCACCGCCGCCGCGGCCACCACCACCACCACCGCCCCCACUGCCCGGUCUCCCCCAGCAGCAGGAAGCCCCGCCCUUGACGCCCCCUCCGGCCCCGCCCCUCCUGGGCAGCCCUGAGCCCCCGCCCGCGCCGCCACUGCCAGGAGAUGUGCCGCCCCCACCGCCGCCGCCACCUCCGCCUCCUGGCACUGAUGGGCCUGUGCCUCCGCCACCCCCACCGCCUCCGGGAGGUCCCUCGGAUGCCCUUGGAGGGCCUGGCCCGGAGAUGGGCCCAGGAGUGAAGGCCAAGAAACCUAUCCAGACCAAGUUCCGGAUGCCGCUCCUGAACUGGGUGGCCCUGAAGCCCAGCCAGAUCACAGGCACCGUGUUCACAGAACUCAACGACGAGAAGGUGCUGCAGGAGCUGGACAUGAGCGAGUUUGAGGAGCAGUUCAAGACCAAGUCCCAAGGCCCCAGCUUGGACCUCAGCGCCCUCAAGGGGAAAGCAGCCCAGAAGGCGCCCAGCAAGGCGACGCUCAUUGAGGCCAACCGGGCCAAGAACCUGGCCAUCACCCUGCGCAAGGGCAACCUGGGCGCUGACCGCAUCUGCCAGGCCAUUGAGACGUACGACCUGCAGGCCCUUGGCUUGGACUUCCUGGAGCUGCUGACCCGCUUCCUGCCCACGGAAUACGAGCGCAGCCUCAUUGCCCGCUUCGAGCGGGAGCAGCGGCCGGUGGAGGAGCUGUCGGAGGAGGACCGAUUCAUGCUGCGUUUCAGCCGCAUCCCACGGCUGCCCGAGCGCAUGGCCACGCUCACCUUCCUGGGCAACUUCCCGGACACGGCCCAGCUGCUCAUGCCGCAACUGAAUGCCAUAAUUGCAGCCUCCAUGUCCAUCAAGUCCUCAGAGAAACUCCGCCAGAUCCUGGAGAUUGUGUUGGCCUUUGGCAACUACAUGAACAGCAGCAAGCGUGGUGCAGCCUACGGCUUCCGGCUCCAGAGCCUGGAUGCGCUGCUGGAGAUGAAGUCGACGGACCGCAAGCAGACGCUGCUGCACUACCUGGUGAAAGUCAUUGCCGAGAAGUACCCGCAGCUCACGGGCUUCCACAGCGACCUGCACUUUCUGGACAAGGCGGGCUCAGUGUCCCUGGACAGCGUCCUGGGCGACGUGCGCGCCCUGCAGCGGGGCCUAGAGCUGACACAGCGCGAGUUCGUGCGGCAGGACGACUGCGUGGUGCUCAAGGAGUUCCUGCGGACCAACUCGCCCACCAUGGACAAGCUGCUGGCAGACAGCAAGACUGCGCAGGAGGCCUACGAGUCGGUGGUGGAGUACUUCGGCGAGAACCCCAAGACCACGGCCCCCUCCACCUUCUUUUCCCUCUUCAGCCGCUUCACCAAAGCCUACAAGAAAGCUGAGCAGGAGGUGGAGCAGUGGAAGAAGGAAGCGGCGGCCCAGGAGGCAGGCGCCGACCCGCAGGGCAGCGGGCAGCCCCCAGCGCCCAAGUCCCCACCCAAGGCUCGGCGCCAACAGAUGGACCUCAUCUCUGAGCUGAAACGGAAGCAGCAGAAGGAGCCGCUCAUCUACGAGAGUGACCGUGACGGCGCCAUCGAGGACAUCAUCACGGUGCUCAAGACGGUGCCCUUCACGGCCCGCACCGGCAAGCGGACAUCCCGGCUCCUCUGUGAGGCCAGCCUGGGAGAGGAGAUGCCCCUGUAGCCCCCCAGAUCUGCGGAACCAGCCCUACAUCCGCGCAGACACAGGCCGCCGCAGUGCUCGCCGGCGACCUCCGGGACCCCCCCUGCAGGUCACCACCGACCUCUCCCUAUAGCCGCUGUUUCUGCAGGUUGAUAGUGCAGGGCCCGGUGUGGGUGUGUGUGUUGGGGGGGAUGGGGCUGUGGACAGGCUGAGGCUCCAGACGGUGGCUUUUCCGCGGUCUGCCUGCCCUGGAACCACCUCAAAUGGAGCGGAGCCUCCGCUUCUCGCCACACAGAGGGCAGCCUCGCCGGCCCUUCCCCAAAUGCUACCUGUGGCACUCCCCACCGCCCCUAAAUAGCCACAGUCAGCGGGAGCCGGCCUGUAAAUUAUAAAGUGCACCUCGCCCCCGCCCCCGCGCCAAGGACUCUCCUUGGACCUUAUUUUUAUACAAGAUUAAUAAAGAUGUUUGCAAAA